AUUACAACGCGUAAAUCUUACCGAAACAUUCAAAUUACCAAAAUGGAAGUUUUGUCAGAAAACCAACAUAUUCGCGACGUUAAUUUUCUUCACACUGCAUAUUAUCCUACAGAACUCAUGUUGUACUUUGAAAAACAUCACAUCUUUGAAAUAUUAUUUGACUUAAUGAUUUUACUGGACAGGAAACGUCCUGGCGAUGUUUGCGAAUUUAUGGCAAAGCAAUUGUUGGAGAUCUCAAAAAAAUAUGAUUGUGUCAACCUAUCAGUUCGAAUUCACCCGAGCCCAAAUUAUGAAAAUUUUAUAAGAAUAUCUAGCAAAAUCCUUAAGGCUCCCAUCAUACAAGUGAAACGACCCAUAUCUAAAAGAUGUCUUCGAAAGCUUCCAGAUGAAUUGAAACGCUUUCGAUUGAACAAGAAAAAUUUAAUAUUUAUAGAUUCAACGAACUUUUCAGAAGCAAGCCAAUCAAACACCGAAAAUGUACUGUCAAAAGUUUUUUGUGUGAAUCGAUGUCUCACCGUAGAUAUAAACAAUCAUCAUUCUGAAGGUUCAGCAAAAUUUGAUCCAUUGGAAACGAUGUUUUCAACAGCGCAGAAUUUGAAUGAUAAGGUUAAACUUUUGCAAUGUAGUCCACUUCACGCAACUAUCAAAUAUGUAGAGCGAAUUGCUCUCAUUGGAAGGCCUGGCUCAGGUAAACAUUGGCUGGCUCGCAUGCUGGCUGACAGAUUGGAUGUUUUGCUAGUUUCAGUAAAAGAACUGAUCACUCGUGCUCGGACAGACUCAAAAUGCUUUAAGAAAUCGCUGGAGAUCGGUCUUGAAGAUAAUGUACACACCUCGGAACUGAUAACAACAAUUGUUGAAAAGCGUCUGUUGGAGCCAGACUGUCUGCAGUUCGGAUGGAUACUGGUUGACUUUCCCAACACCGCAGAGGAUGUUGAAAACCUAUUCCAGUUAAUGGUUGCACCGCGAAAAGUAUUGUUUCUACACGCUAAUGAACAACUAUGUUGGAAAAGAAAAGUUCGCAAGUUGAAAACCCCAAACGGAAUCACAUUCGUUCAUCCAAGCGAUAGCGAAAUCAUUUUGAAAACUGAGGUAAUAGUAUGUUUAGCCAUUAAUGUCCAACAGACGUCCAAUAUUUUCAAUCCACAGUUCGACUACUUCAACAUGCACAAACAGAGUAUUGUAGACGCUCUUAAAGACCGAAAUUGUGUGUUCUUGGAUAUAAACGCAAAUCAAAGCAAAGAGCACGUCCUAAAAGAGAUUUCAGAAAAGUUGUUGCUGUUUUAACUUGCAUCCACUGAUUAAAAAAAUUCUAACAAAAUAAAAUCAACAACUUGUGCGAAAAAUCCAACUCAACUUAGCUACUGUCAAUCGAUUGUAAAUUUUUGCUACUUGAAUCACACGAAAAAAGAUCAGACUAAGUUCCGCCCUUGAUAUUAUUACACCGUUUUUAUUCCGUUUUUAGCAAUUACUUACUACAUUUUGUCUGAUUGCAGAAACAGGUU